AUGGUUCUGAGACCACUUAUUGCGAUCUGUGGAACCACUGGAGUUGGAAAAUCGAAUUUGGCCAUUGAACUUGCGCUCAAGCUCACCAAUGGCGUUCGUGGUGGUAGAUGGCGCGGUGCGAAAAUCAUCAAUGCGGACUCCAUGCAGGUCUACGCAGGGAUGGAUAUUAUUACCAACAAGGUGCCAGAAUCAGAACGGGAAGGUAUCGAGCACCACCUGAUGGGGUUCAAAGAGCCUGGGGAACAGUAUGUUGUAGGACAGUGGGUACAGGAUGCGAUCCAAAUCAUUGAAGAGACGCAUGUGCAGAAUCAAAUCCCAAUUGUCGUAGGCGGAACAUCCUAUUGGAUACAACAUCUGAUGUUUCCCAAUCGCUUAACGUCUUCCUUUGAGUCAAACACAGUACAGCAGCAGUCUCCCAUAUCGUCUGAUCUGGUUCAAGCGAUUAGCAGACUUCCUCCUACUUUAUUGGAACUUCUGAAUGCCCUUCCAGAACAGCCACCAUCAGCUUCAGCGAAUCCAGAAGAGGCGUUCUCACUCUAUAAUUUAUUGAUGGAGCUCGAUGAACCGGUUGCAUCACGAUGGCACUGGAGGGAUACGCGCAAGGUUCUCCGCAGCUUACGUAUCAUCAAAGAUACUGGCAGAAAACCAAGUGAGAUCAUCAACGAGCAGUCUAGCGUGGCUGUAGAGCCAAGGUACCGCACACUCUGCUUCUGGCUUUAUGCUGAUCCACCAACGCUAAAUGGGCGACUCGAUACUCGUGUGGAUGAUAUGAUCAAGCAAGGUUUACUAGGGGAACUUCUCGCAUUGCAGAAAAUAGCAUCCAAACCUCGACCAGUGUCUGAAACCUGUCAAGACAACUCCAUGCACGCCGUGGAAGCGAGUGCAGCUUCGGUAGACUAUACGCUUGGCAUCUACCAGAGCAUAGGAUACAAGGAAUUUCACGGUUAUCUGUCUUCGCCGUCUCCAUCCGACGAGGUGUUCAGGGCAGCUGUGGAAGAUAUGAAGCAUUCUACUCGCAAAUACGCCAAGCGGCAAGUUUCCUGGAUUCGUAAUAAAUUGCUUCCAGCCCUGGGCGAUCAAUGGGCUCUUCAAGUCCGGGACCGAGCGGAAGAUAUAACAGACGCCUUUCUAGAACUGCGCGAUCUCCCGGAUCCUCUCACCCUGUCCGCCACAGCCCGCGAGAUGCUCAGUGUGAAGGAUAAACCCACAGAGUAUGACCCUGAGUGUUUCUAA